CGUUCAUGCUAGAGGCGAUAAUCUUAUUAAUCUUAUUAAUCUUGUUAUAGGGGAUUUAAUUAUUGGAGAUUCUAGAAUUUGUUGUCUUUUUUUAAUUUUUAUUGCGGUGUAUGAGAGAGAGGGGAAGCGUUCGCACGGCGUUGUACAGAAUUACCUACUUUUUGCCAACUUCCCACCCAUUCUAAGCCCACUUUACAGCCCUUACAAGCCACUUGCAGCCUGAACUUCACACCCGAGAACCCCGACGCACCGACGCACUGCCCCUAGUCAGCCACUACACCCCUCCCUGGUCACAGCCUACAGGCCUAGCUCCAGCACCAGCAAUACGGCACUUAAGAACUAAAGAGCCUAGACCCUGCAUCCCGGGAAGUCUAAGUCUAUCGGCCUUAUCGAUAGAACAUUAUCCUCAGCAAUACGAUCGAAAAUCCGGUUUAGAUAACCGUAGAUUACCGUGACGUUUGUGACGUAAGCGUCAUCAUUGCCAUCACCGCAUUACCAUAACUAGACCCUCAUUCCCCCCUUCGUUAUGUGGUUCUACACUUCAACAGCGCCCCGCGAAAAGCGCUACCACAAGUACAAGAAAGUCCUCUACCUAGAACCGCCUAUCAAUGGUAGCAAGACCGUUCGAACUCGAGUUACUACCAUCGUUCCUCCCCCGGCACCUGUUCCGGUUCCGCCAUCACCGGCUCCGGUCCUACCGGAACCUAAACCCGAACCACCACCAGUCAUUGUCGAGCCUCUCCCACCUCCGCCUCCACCACCUGCACCCUAUAUCCCACCGCUACCGCCCGCACCAGAGCCCCAGGAAGAAACGGAGAUUGAAGUUAUUGCCGUGGACGUAGACCCGGACCAAUCUUCCACUUCCAGCAGGUCAUCCAAGAGGUCCUCUAAGAGCUCAUCACGAAGCUCUAAGUCCUCUUCCCGCAGCAGCGGUGGUAGACGUAGUCGGGAUCGUGAGGUAUACAUUGAACGCGAGAGGCUCGUUCCCGUCCGUGUGCCCGUGCCAUACCAUACGCACCACGUCGAGUACGAACCCCAGCCUCAGCAGGACAGUUUCCGAUACAUCGAGGCUCCCAGGCGAUACGAGCCCCAACACCGACGAAGUUCGGAUCACGAGAUUGUCAUUGAAGACCACCGACACCGAAAAUACAUCCGCGAUGGCUAAAGGUGGCAUUUUUCAAUUCAGUUUAUCUACCUUAAAUAUUAUAUUAUCUACUAUUACCUCAUUUAAUCACCUUAAACUACCUACCCACCUAGACCUAAAAACCUUUUCUUCAUAAUAAGCUUGGGCAAGAGCCUGGAUGCCUGCCUACUUUCACUGUAUUAAGACUGUCACGAGACUACGAGUACGACUACGUACGGCGAUGACGAAUCAUGGGAUGCUAGAGCUACUGGGAGUUACACAGAAAUACGGAGUCCGGGAGCACAUCUUGAUUUCACUUGUACACAAUAUUAUUUUGAUUGUCGGUUCGAGGCAAUUUCCUUAUACUUUUGUAAUGUAUUUUCAUGAGCUAAUGGUACUCUCUGGGCUGUGUGUGUUCGGGUUGGGGUGGGCUUUGUGGCCUAACCAAGGCGAGACUAAUACUUUGAAUGAAUGGUCUCUAAUAAUCUUAGUCAAAUCAAAACCAUCUUUAAUACAAUAUCCAAUUAUCAAAAA